CCAAUUUAUCUGUCUGUAACUGCCUUAUCGUUCAUGCCUUUGGGUCUGACGGUCUGUUCACCGAUAUCCGUCACUCGUCGGCACUUUUCCUAAUUACAGAUUUACAGAUCCAUCCUUCCUAUGUAACCACGCUUUCUACACUGACUGUAAUGCCACUUCUGCUCCCCAGAACUGCCUGUAUCUUCUUCAGCCGCAUAAGGACAAUUUCCUCAAUGGCAACUUCUACCACCGUCUCCUGCGCCGCUCCUAAGGCCGCUCGUUUGCGAGGCGUUGUGUUCGACAUGGACGGCACCUUGACUGUUCCCGUUAUCGACUUCACGGCGAUGUACAGGGCCGUUCUUGGCGAAGAAGAGUACCGUGCCGUCAAGUCGAAGAACCCCUCCGGCAUCGACAUUCUGCACCACAUUGAGAGCUGGAGCCCCGAUAAACAGCGGCGUGCGUACGAAAUCAUUGCCGAUUUUGAAAAGCAAGGCCUCGAUCGCCUCCAAAUCAUGCCCGGUGCAUCAGAACUUUGUGGUUUUCUUGAGUCCAAGAAUAUCAAAAGGGGAUUAAUUACUCGAAAUGUCAAAGCAGCUGUCGAUUUGUUUCAUCAACGCUUUGGGAUGACAUUUGCCCCUGCACUCAGUAGGGAAUUUCGUCCUUACAAACCAGAUCCAGCCCCAUUGCUGCAUAUCUGUACGACUUGGGAUGUUCAGCCUAAUGAAGUGAUGAUGAUAGGAGAUAGCCUUAAAGAUGAUGUUGCUUGUGGGAAACGAGCUGGAGCAUUUACUUGCUUGCUUGAUGAAACAGGGAGGUAUAAUUCUCCAGAAUAUGCGAAUGUUGAAUUUCAACCAGAUUACAAGGUCUCUUCUCUUCUGGAAGUUUGUUCUUUGCUAGACACAAAAUUUGACCUGACACCUUGAUUUCCGAAAUCCUGUGAUUUCAUUCAUCUAUGGAGAGGCAUUGAGAGUAACUUCAAAGAUACUGGAUGUGUUUUGUAUCUUAACCCUGCAUAGUUCAUAACGAUAGAAGCAAAAGCAAACCUGGUUAAUUGGUGGUGAUGGUUUGCUUGGGACAUGAAGAUUUUCCAGAUAGCCUGUAAUAUUGUGAAGGAACACAUUUUUGGGGCAAUAGUAGAUAAACUUUCCAGGUGACUUGCUUGAUGCAAUUCAUUCCAAGUGUACAUGUAUUUGUCGGUCAAGGCUCGUUUAAAAACAUUUCUUAAUGUGUAAUUUCGGUUGUUGUAUGAUUGAUAUGAUUCUAUUGAAACUCUUCUUUGCACAA